AUGUCUUGUAAUCUUUGCGGAGGAACCGAAUUUGAUUAUGAUACCUCGUCGGGACAGACUGCUUGUCAGUCUUGCGGUAAUGUAAUAGACGAAAGUCGAAUUGUUGCAGAGAUCACUUUUGGAGAAGCCUCUUCGGGAGCUGCGGUCCCUCAAGGAACUUAUAUAGGCAGCGACCAAAGACGAGCCCGAAUAAAUGGGCCAUAUAGGAAACACUCGGAACCUCGGGAGCAGACUAUCAAGCGAGGACGCUCAAAAAUAAAUAGUAUAGCUACAGCACUGGGAUUAAGCCCACAUCAUUCUGAGACGGCACAAAGAUAUUUUAAUUUAGCGAUUGCCAACAAUUUUAUACAAGGUCGAAGUACUGAAUUAGUUGUUGCCGCUUGUGUAUACAUUGUUUGUCGUAAAGAGAAGACAUGUCAUAUGUUGAUCGAUUUGGCAGAUGUUUUACAGACAAAUGUUUUUACACUGGGAAGCACAUUUCUAAAGCUUGUCCGAGAACUCCAUAUGAAACUUCCAUUAGUUGAUCCAUCACUGUAUAUAACACGCUUUGCCCAAUUACUUGAGUUUGGUGAUGAAGCACCUAAAGUUGCACUUGAUGCUAGCCGCUUAGUUCAGAGAAUGGAUCGAGAUUGGAUGCAAACUGGUCGACGACCUGCUGGUAUUUGUGGUGCAUGUUUACUUGUUGCUGCUCGAAUGAAUAAUUUCCGGCGGAGUAUGAGAGAAAUUAUUGCGGUCGUCAAAAUCGCAGAUGUUACAGUUAAGAGACGCCUUGAAGAAUUCAAAGCGACUCCGUCAGGACAAUUGUCAGUGACCGAUUUUAAGCACGUCUGGUUAGACCAAGCUUGUGAUCCUCCAGCAUUUACUAAAGCUCGCAAGUUAGCAAAACUUGCUGAAAAUCGCAAGACUAGUUCAAACGCCACGACACCAGCUCCCGCCGAUAUAGAAAAUACUGUAUCUGACCAAGAAAAUGAUGCAGACUUUUUCUCUAUUGCCAGUCCUUCAAGUAGUCACCAUUAUCAGCUAGCUGGAACUCCUAAUUCUGUGACAAAUGAUGAAGGAAUAAGUUUAUCCGAUGAUAAUGGGAGUGAAGUUUCUGGAACAUCAAAACCUAGUGACGUCGACGAAGAAGACAUCGAUAUUGCAGAAGAAAUGAAUUCGUAUCUGAAUAAUUCUGAUUUCCAAGAAGCUGCGGAAGAGAUGGAGGAACAAAUUAGGGCAGAACGCCGUGCAAAGAUCAAGAAUGAUAAUGAAUUAGGAUCUGACCUUGAUGAUGAAGAGGUUAAUAAUGCGAUAUUAAAUGAAGAGGAGAUAAAAAUUAAAACAAAAGUUUGGAUGACUGAAAACAUUGAUCAUUUGAGAAUGGUGGCAGCGAAAAAAGCGAAGGCUCUUCGGGAUCAAGCGAAUGGAAUAGGACCUAGCCAAAAACGUAAACGUCCUAAAAAGUCCAAAAACCACGAACAAGAAGAAGCCGCCACACCAGCCGAGGCCGCGAAACGGAUGCUUACAGAAAAACGGCUCUCAAAGAAAAUAAAUUAUGAAGCAUUGGACCGUCUUUUCGAAAGCAAUCCAUUAAUAUCGAAAGAACCUGACUCUAUAGUAAACACACCUCGUUCUUGGGAAGAAUAUGACGAGUACAGUGUUAGUGGGGCUGGCCUUAAGCAACGAUGA